AUGUCGAUUUCUACUUUCUCACUGUUUUUGAUCAUUCAUUCAAUCAUGUCUCCUAUCCAUGCAUCUUCUUCAUUCUCAAAACCUACUUCAUCCGAUGGCCUCUGUGACAUUACUCCUUACCCGGAUUUCUGUAAUUCUGAAAUGCCUCAAAACAAAUCAACCAACAUAUAUGACUAUGGCAGGUUGUCCAUCCAGAAAUCUCUUUCAACAUCCCAAGUCUUACUUUCUGCAAUCAACCGUUACUUACAUUCCGGAAGUUCUUCACAAUCCCAGACCACAGUUUUUGCUCUUCAGGAUUGCAAAAUUCUCCUCAGUUCAAAUGUGGAUUUGUUAUCAAGUGUUGCUGGAAUUAUAAAAGAUGGAAAUGCCCUCCAAAGUUCACAAUAUGAUGACUUGGAGACUUGGCUUAGUGCAACCAUUACCUCCAAACAGACUUGUUUGGAGGGACUAUAUGCUGUGUCAUCAGCUUGGGCAAUCGCAAAUGGCCUUUCACCUUCAUUAGCUAAUGGAACCAUGCUUUGUAGCGUGUCCCUUGCACUUGUCAAGCAUGGUUGGAUCCCAUCUACCCCAAAAUCCAGAUUGCUUGGUGAAAAAUUCCCUUUUUCUGGUGCGAAAUAUGCAAGAAAUCACUUGCCUCUGAGACUAUCAAGGUGGCAUCCUAAAUUCUAUGAGUCAACAAUUGGAAGAAAACUCCUACAAUCUGGUGGUGGUAGUGUUAACAUUACCAAAGUAGUCGUGGUGAAUCCUGAUGGAAGUGGCAAUUACACCACCAUUAACGAUGCCAUUUCAGCUGCACCUAACAACACUCAAGCAGGCCAGGGAUAUUACCUGAUUCAUGUUGUUGCUGGAGUUUACCAAGAGUACAUUUCUAUUGCUAGUAACAAGAAGUAUCUGAUGAUGGUUGGUGAUGGCAUAAACCAGACGAUUAUAACUGGUAAUCAUAGCGUGGGUGAUGGAUGGACAACCUUCAAUUCUGCCACGUUUGCCGUGGUUGCACAAGGAUUUGUUGCAGUUAAUAUUACGUUCCGUAAUACUGCUGGAGCAGCAAAAUACCAAGCUGUGGCUGUUCGAAAUGGUGCUGAUCUUUCUACAUUUUACAACUGCAGUUUUGAAGGUUACCAAGACACAUUAUACACCCACUCUAUGAGGCAGUUUUACAGGGAAUGUGACAUAUAUGGAACCAUAGACUACAUUUUCGGAAAUGCCGCUGUUGUUUUCCAGCUCUGCAACAUGUACUCAAGACUUCCUCUCCAAGGCCAAUUCAACACCAUCACUGCCCAAGGAAAAACCGACAUAAACCAAAAUACUGGUACUUCUAUUCAAGAUUGCAACAUUUUGGCCGCCACCGACUUAUCUUUGAGCAAUGCGACGGUACAAACGUAUCUUGGACGACCAUGGAAGAAUUAUUCCACGACGGUUUAUAUGGAAUCCUUCAUGGAUGGUUUGAUUAAUCCUGCUGGUUGGGCACCAUGGUCAGGGGAUUUUGCGCUUAGUACAUUGUACUAUGCUGAGUAUAACAACUCUGGUCCGGGAUCGAACACUACCAACAGGGUUACAUGGCCUGGCUAUCAUGUGAUCACAAGUGCAUCUGCUGUUGUUAAUUUCACUGUGUCCAUUUUCAUAUCUGGGGACUUCUGGUUGCCUGCUACCGGAGUUCCUUACAUUGGUGGCUUUCUUUAUGCCUAA